CCAUGAUUGCGCCGCGUCUAACCACGUUCCCAUACGCCUCGCUCACUCAUCUCGCUCUCCAAACGCGCCUGCGCGGUCAAUGCAUGAACAUCUGCUAGAUGGCGUAGCCGGCCCUUCCCCCCCUUUGUCUUCUUCAUUCAGUCCCUCAGCUUUCCCCAACGAGGAGGCCGUCUCUUCACUUCCUGAUCAUGAUGGCGGCCUCCAAGACAGGCUUCCCGGCCAGCACACUGCUGCUGGCAUUGGCCAAUCUCUUGAUACCCGUCUCCGUGAUAGUCUUUGCCACGGGAUUCUUCCCAUACAAGCCAUUCAUUCCUGGCCUAGCUGAAUACGAGGCUCUAGAAUAUGGGCCGCCGCCUGAGCCUCCGUUCGACAGGAUGGUCUUCAUGGUAGUCGACGCGCUGAGAAGCGACUUUGUGUAUGCAGAGGGUUCUGGUUUUCAGUUCACGCAGAGUCUCAUACGAGACGGCGCGGCCAUCCCUUUCACCGCAAAUGCUCGAUCUCCCACUGUGACGAUGCCACGCAUUAAGUCCAUCACCACUGGAUCUAUUCCGUCCUUUGUUGAUCUCAUUCUCAACAUCGAUGAGGGGGACACCUCCUCAUCGCUCGCCGCUCAGGACACUUGGCUGGCGCAGCUCAAGGCCGCCCGCAAGGGGAAGCUGCUCAUGUACGGCGACGACACAUGGCUCAAACUGUUCCCCGAUACGUUCGAUCGUCACGAUGGAACGUCGAGCUUCUUCGUAGCAGUGAGUACCCAGGCCACGUGCCCUGCAAGUGGCGGCCUUUUCUCACCCCUCGAUACUAGGACUUUACCGAGGUCGACAACAAUGUCACGAGAAAUAUUGCUGGUGAGCUUGCAAACGAAGACUGGGGCCUCAUGGUUCUCCAUUACCUCGGACUGGACCACAUCGGGCACAAGUCGGGCCCCAGAAGCUCCAACAUGGUUCCGAAGCAACGUGAAAUGGAUAGCAUCGUCAAGACUUUAUACGAGGCAAUAGAGGCCAGAGACCAUCUCAAGUCCACCCUUCUCGUGGUUUGUGGCGACCACGGCAUGAACGACGCCGGGAAUCAUGGCGCGUCGUCCCCAGGCGAGACGUCGCCGGCCCUGAUCUUUCUAUCCCCCAAGCUCAAGGGCAUCGCUAAACCAGUGACGGCUCCUACAAAGCCCAAGGGCGAGUUUGACUACUACAACAUGGUUGAACAGUCCGAUAUUGCGCCGACAGUCGCGGCUCUUCUCGGGUUUCCUGUGUCGAAGAACAAUCUGGGCGCCGUCAUACCCGACUUCUUAUCCUUCUGGCCCACUGCUAGCGAUAAGGUGCAGAUUCUCAUUCGCAACGCCCGCCAGAUACUCGGCAUAGUCACGGCCGCAUUCGGAGACUCCCUGUUCGCGAGCGACGCCGCCACUGGUCCCUGCGACCCAUGCACGCUGGAACCCACAGAUAUCAACGAACUGGCAUGUGAAUGGCGAAAGCUAUCUCGCCUGGCCCCAGCCAUGGCAGCGGCCGCAGUGGUCGAGGAAGACUGGCUGGUUGCCACCUCGGCGUGGCUACGCAAGGCGCAGGAGCUAAUGAGCAGCAUGGCCUCCAAUUACGACAUGUCCAGGCUGUUCGCCGGCCAGGGCCUGGCCAUAGCCGCCACUCUCGCGAGCGUCGUAGCGGCAUACGUUCUGGGGGCCCAUGAGAGCGGCCUCGCGAUGCCUCUGGCUCUUGUCACGAUAUUGUACGGUGUUAUGAUGUUCGCGUCCAGCUACGUUGAGGAAGAGCAGCACUUCUGGUACUGGGCGUCUACGAUCUGGCUGGCCUGGCUCGGCGUUCGGGCCAUUCAUAGAUCUGGGCGACUUUCCACCGCCGCUUGGCCACUCACAGCCUUGACCAUGCUGCGCCUGAUCCGCAGCUGGAAUCAGACAGGGCAGAAGUUCGCCGGCGAACCCGACAUGGUCAAGCUCCUCCUCACACCUAAGCCGCAGCUGCUCUGGACACUCAUCUGCCUUACUUAUGUGCUGGCAGCCUUCCAGACCCUGCCCAACCUGAGCGGCCUUCCCUUCAUCCUCGCCACGUCCGCCACGUCGGUCCUCGUCUCCGCCGCGUUCGCCUUCAAGCUAGCUUUCACGGCCGAGGACGCCCCAGAGUUGGUCACCGGCUUCGCCAAGGCGCUCAACGUGCGCUUCGAGGGCCAGUCUCUGCUGUCCAGAGCGCGCAUGGUCUUUGCCGUCCUAUCUCUGCUGGUCGUCUUCGCCGCCUACCAGAGCGGUAGGGGCGGACGCCAUGCCCGGUCUUCAGCUCGUCUGCUUCACCACCUCUACACGCUGCUCGCCAUGACCCAGUCCCGAGCAACCAAUAUCCCGCUCCUCCUGCUCUACACGGUUCUCUUCGAGUGCCUCGCGUCCGCCGACCUCAGCGUCGCCGAGAUCACCACCUCGUCGUUGCUCUUCCAAUAUGCGUCCUUCUUCGCCUCGGGCGGCUCCAAUGCCAUCUCCUCGGUCGACCUGUCGAGCGCCUACAAUGGCAUCGGCGGCUUCAACGUCGUCGCCGUCGGCGUCCUCACCUUUGUCAGCAACUGGGCCGGCCCCAUCUUCUGGACCUCGGCCACCAACCUCCUGUUGCUGCAAAAGCGCAGCCAGGGCGGCGAUGCUGGCCGUCAUGUCCUCCGCCGCCACCUCACGCUCCUGACCGUCUUCACAACGGCGAGCGUCGCGUUUGUCAUGGCGGCGUGCACCGCGCUGAGGACGCACUUGUUCAUCUGGACAGUCUUUUCGCCAAAGUACCUCUACUGCAUGGCGUGGAGCCUCGGCCAGCACUUGGUCAUCAAUGUGGCGUACGGCAGUCUGCUGUUCUGGGUGGGGACACGGCAAUGACACGCCGCCCCAGAUGGUCACCUUGGUAAAGUGUCAGAUGUAAAGCUAGAUGCAGGGUACUGUACUAUGUCAAGGACCAGAAACAAAGAAUAGAGAGAGGUGCAAGCCCAAACAGUUCCAAAAUAAUUUGCAGCGUCCAUCCACAGGU